CGUGACAGAGGUCGCGAUUAGACGCUUACUCAUAUGUAGUAGGUGCUACGAAUUUUGCGUUGAACGUACUCGAUGCACACCCAUUGACUGUUUAUAGUUUACAACAAAUGAUUUAAGGUAUCGCGAAAUGUUUUAUGAUUACGACCCGUUCGAGGUAUAUAAAAAUCAGCAGGAAAUUUGUCCUGUUCACGUCCGUGACCAAAACAACAUCAAAAAGACACGGCUAUACCCGUAAGCGGGUACACGUAGUUGCAUGAUUGCGUGAGUGAGUCAACAGACAAUAGAAUAGAGUAAGAGAGGACGAAGUAAACUUGCAGGACAGUAGAAGGGAUGCGUCGAAAUACGGUCGUAACUCGCUUACCCUGCUAAUUUACGCAGAAGUGUAUAAACGAAAUGUCUGAGCCCAUGGAGCAAGGAAAGGAUCUAUGCAUUCACACCGGAGUUGUAUUGCGAAAAGCAAACACAAGGGAAGAUGAAGUUCAUAGUCUAGGAACAUUAAAUAUUGUUGAAUAUAGUUUUGGAAAAUGCAUAGAAUGGAGAUGUAUAGAGGAUUCUGUGGUGUCUGAGAAUCAAGAUCAGGAUUCCGAAUGGUCUUUGGUGAACACUCAUACCAAACGAACUUGUUCUUCGUCACAGGGACCAGAUUCCCUAGAACACACAAGAAUUGUCAGAAUUUUAUUCUCAGACUUGAACUCCUUUCGUAUAAAUCAUGGAGGGGAACAGCUUAUAUUUAUGCAAAAGGAUGGAACCACUUAUGUUGCCUUUUUCCAAUUAUCUAAUGCAGAAAGUUUUGUAAAUUCUUUAAAAGGGUUCAUUAAGUUUAUAAAGUCUCGUACAAGUAGAAAUUUGUACCUUGUAGUAGAUGAGGUGCAGAGUGUGUUGACUAAAUCAUUUGCCGAAUUAGAUAUAUUUCAAGAAAAUACUUCAGAUUAUGUUUGGAAAUUUGUAAAAAAUUUACAUAAUCAUCCAUAUGAAACAACAAUGGAGGCAUUCAGUAAAUUGGCUGAUAUUUGGUUAUACAAAGAACCAGCUAAACGUACGGUUGAAGAUGAACUUGUUGAUAUAUUCAAUCAGUCGUUGCCUAUCGAUGUGCCUCAUCCACCAAUAUCCGUAGAUUCUGGAGAGGAAUACGAAGUAAUUGGAGAGCAUGGACUGGGUGUGGUAUUACCACCACGACCAUCUUGCCCGAGAGGUGCACCAUUGUCGCAAGAACAAUGGAACAAAUACAAGGACCCAGAGGGGAGAGUUUUAAAUCCUGAAGAAGUAAAAGAAAUCAUUUUUCGCGGGGGUAUCGCUCCGUCGUUGCGAUUCGAAGUAUGGAAGUUUCUAUUAAAUUAUUACCCAUGGCAUUACACACGUAUUGAAAGACACGAACUCAGAAAAAUAAAGACUAAAGAAUAUUUCAGGAUGAAAUUUCAAUGGAUGUCCAUGACUCCCUUACAAGAAAGUAAUUUCUCUGAUUAUCGAGAUCGAAAAAGUUUAAUAGAAAAAGACGUUAAUAGGACGGACAGAACGCAUCCGUAUUAUGCGGGUGAUAACAAUCCACAUUUAGCACAAUUGCAUGACAUUCUUAUGACAUAUGUAAUGUACAAUUUUAAUUUGGGUUACGUUCAAGGAAUGAGCGAUCUUCUCAGCCCUAUUUUAUGUUUAAUGGAAAACGAGGUAGACGCGUUUUGGUGUUUUGUUGGGUUCAUGGAGAAAGUGAGCACCAAUUUCGAAAUAGACCAAGCUGGUAUGAAGGCCCAAUUGUGCCAAUUGUAUACAUUGUUGAGCACCAUAGAUCCACAGUUAGCAACCUAUUUGAGUAAACAUGAUUCAGGAAACAUGUUUUUUUGUUUCCGAUGGUUAUUGGUUCUAUUUAAACGAGAAUUUAAUUCGAUUGACAUAAUGAAAUUAUGGGAAGUACUGUGGACUGAUAUUCCUUGUAAAAAUUUCCAUUUGCUCCUAUGUACAGCCAUAUUGGAUACGGAGAGGAGUAUACUUAUGGAAAAUCGCUAUGGAUUCACAGAAAUACUGAAGCAUAUAAACGACCUUUCGCUGCACAUCGAGUUACAACGGACGUUAUCGAAAGCGGAGGGCAUUUAUAGACAACUAAUUUCUAUAGCGGACCAGCUACCCGAUAACGUUCGUUCGAUAAUUGGACUCGAACGUUUAAAUAAAGUGCCAGCUAACAGAGCUGAGGACGUUGCAGCUUCUGGUGAAAAUGUCCAAACUAACGGGGCCGAUUGUAGUUCUAGAAGAAAUAGUAUGGAAAGUGACAAUGUUACGUUGGGAGAUAACGAGGUGUCCUUUGAAAAGGGAUUAAAUCUAUCGUACAUGUGAGACCAGGACCGGUCGUUCAUUAUGAUUUGAGGACCGUGUUGUGCACCGCAGUCAAUUUUACAAGAACUACACUUUUAAAGAAACGUUUGUAGUUCUGCUUUACGGCGAGAACUUGCCCGUUGCUCGUUCGGAACAGUGCAACGAACCAAAUUUUGACUCCCAAUGAACUUUGUCGCGUGCGAGCGAUGCUUUGUAUGAAAUACGCAUAUUUUACGAAAAUGUCACGAACGCCGUGGACUUUUCGACUUGUUCAGAUCGGAACGGUAAUGUUUCGGUCAUCGAAUUUGCAACUUUACCGAGUAAACGUGAUAUAUUACCUCCAAUUUACGAAGUUUUAGUGAAAACUACUGUUAGUAGCGUUGAAUUUUGAGAUAUUUAUGAAAUUCACUGUAAUUACGAAGAGAUUAUAGACGCGCAUACUUAGCGAGUAAGAGGUAGUUUCGUACAAGAUUGUACUCGUCUUAACCAUACCUUUGAUGCACGUUGAAUUCGAAGUAAUGUGCGGGAACGAUACACAACGUAUUUUCACUUUAACUGGUCGUGUCAUUUUCACUUAUGUUCAAGGUGUCUUUUCCAGAUGUUUGUAUAAAACGGGUUAGACACUGCUGUAUAUUUCUAAUAAAAAUCAUCCGUUUAAUCUGUGACGGACACGCUUUGUUCUUUACGAAUCACCUGCAGGACUAACGUUUAACAUCGAUAAUCGAUGUUUGAAAUUGUACAUUGUUCACUUUUGAAGUCGAUACCUUUAUUACGACUGCGCGAUAGAUCAAACAUGUUUCUGCUGCGUUUCUUCGGUUGACGUUUGGUGGUGUUCUUCCUGUGAUUAGGUGGAAAUAUAAACAACCUUCGUGUAUUGACAUAAAUGCCCUUCGUCGAUGGUAUAACGGUAAGGUAAAGUUUGAGGUUAGAUCUACGAAACGUCGAAGGUUUACUUCAGAACACACGGAUAUAUUUGCUAAAGAAAGAUUUAUAUCCAACACUAUGCAUGCUAAUUCUUUCUGGGAGAAUUAUAUGCUAGCUCAAGCAUGGCAGAACAGGUUAACACAGUGUAACAUGGUGGAGGACUCGUUGUUUAGCAUUAGAAUUCGAGAAUAGAAUGUUAAGAGAAAAGUUGAGAUCCUUGGCUAGUCAGAAUACCCAAAAGUCUUAUUAUACGCAGAGGAACAAACAUCACGAGGAUCAGCAAGUAGCAG